AUGGCUGCUACGAGGGAGGAGGAUGCAGCGAUGGAAAGCAUCUCUAGAGCACCCGCUCCUCCGACCGACCUCAACCUAACAACCGAGCCCGAUCACAGGAGAGAUGCGGGGACCAACGACCGGACACCUGCCCCCAAAAGACCCAACAAUGACGGAGGAGUGGAGACUGCGGAAGAGGCCACUGAGCCUGCUGAACCAGACAUUGAUGAGCUCUGCAGAGACAUGUUUGACAAGAUGUCAGUUUUCUUGCAGGGAGAGCUCACUGCCACCUGCGAAGACUAUAAACUCCUGGAGAGCAUGAAUAAACUCACCAGUCUGAAGUACAUGGAGAUGAAGGACAUAUCAAUCAACAUCAGCCGCAAUCUGCAAGACCUCAAUCAGAAAUAUGCCAGUUUGCAGCCCUACCUGAAUCAAAUUAACCAGAUAGAGGAGCAGGUUACAGCUCUCGAACAGGCUGCUUAUAAACUAGACACGUACUCAAAGAAACUGGAGGCCAAGUUUAAGAAACUGGAGAAGCGGUGAAAAGAGGUUUGUGUAUGUGUAUGUACGGACGGGGGUGACCAAACACCCCUUCAAAUUAGUUCCUCGGAACGAUAUCAACACGCAUAAAUGUAUGUUACACAAUAUGAGAUUAUCAUUGCCUCUACAUGGGUAAUGAACAAUGCAGCAAUUAUUGUUAAAUACUGAAUUCACAGAUUGUAGGCUCAUUUAUUAAUCAGAAAUCAAGUUUUGGGUUAGUAAAAUCCAAGCAAAAUGCAGAAGUAUACUGUAAUGUUGGAUAUACUUACAGGAAUAAUUUUGAAAUAUGGUUUUAUAAAACUGAAUUCUUUUAAUCCAACUACUGGUUUCAGUUGAGAUGUUUAAGGUCACGUCCACACUAAUAUGAUUUUUGUUAAAAACAUGUUGAUUUUGCUGUGUUUAUGCCUCUCACCCACACUGGAACAGUGUUUUCCUGCUCUGAAAACAGAGACUUUUGAAAACGCUCUCAAGUAGUGCAUACUUAGGAAACAGAAAACCGAGUUAUCAACCAGAAAUGUAUUAGUGUUUAUGUGACCUAAGAUUUCAAGAGGUGUGGCUACAGGUAAGCAUGUACAGGAUAUUUAAUAAUGCUUGUUAUAUAUGUUGCUAAAAAGGAUUGACAUAUCAUGUCUGUUAUACAGUGACUUAAUGAUUUCUUUUUGAAUUAUUAUUAUUUGUUUGCAUUUAGAAAAGCAAAUAUUUCAUUAUAAUUGUAUUGCUGUCUAAUUCUUUAAAAAGCUCUACCUUAACAAAAAUUGUCAAUUUGUGAACUUAUGGAAUGAAUAUAAA